AUGAAUUUCCUCUCUCUUAAUGUUCGUGGUCUAGGGGGUUUGGAUAAGAAGGGAUGGGUCAAAAAUCUGAGAUCUAAACACGGUAUCCAUUUCGUGGCGUUUCAAGAAACUAAAAAAGAUUCGGUGAGGGUCUCUGAUGUUGCUGGCUUUUGGGGGAACAAAAAGUUUGGGAUGGAUAGUGUUGAUUCGGUCGGUUUUUCUGGAGGGAUGAUUUGCCUUUUUUGUAUUUUUGAUUCAUGGUUUGAUAAGCCAGGAUUUGAAGAAGAGUUUGUCAAGGUCUUGAAGAAGGAGUCUGUGAGUGGUGGUCCCUCAGACGUUGCUCUUAUGAAAAAGCUGUGUGAUCUUAGAGUCAAUAUUAAAAAGUGGAGGGAUGACAUGUUGAAAAAGAACUCUGAGGAGGUGGCUUCGGCUUUGUCCGAUAUGGAAGAUAUCCAGACUAUUAUGGAAGAAAGGGACCUGACUGAAGAAGACGAGUGGAUCCUGUUGGAAAGUAACAAAGUCUUAAAAGAGGAGGAAGAACAGAAGAGUAGAGAUUUAAAACAAAGAUCGAGGCUUAGAUGGGCUAAGGAAGGUGACAAAAACUCUAAGUUUUUCCACGCUAUGAUAAAUUGUAGAAAAGCCAGUAACUUCAUUCAUGGUUUGGAGGUGGAAGGAACAUGGGUGUCGAAGCCGUCUUUAAUUAAAAAGGAAGUUUACAGGUUUUUUAGAAAGAAGUUUGUUGAAGAUUGUAUUUACCGCCCUCGGCUUUCUUGCCCAGACAUUAAGAGGAUUUCUGAUGCCGAUUCUUCGUUUCCGGAUGCUCGGUUUUCGCGUGAGGAGAUAAAAGGGGCCGUCUUUGAAUGUGGCGACGAUCGGGCCCCGGACCCUGACAAUUUUUAUGAGCAUGGGGCUAUAAAUACGGGAUGCGGUUCAUCCUUCAUAGCAAUGAUUCCUAAAGUGAGGGACCCGAUCGGGUUGAAAGACUACCGACUGAUAAGUUUAUUGGGUAUCGUUUACAAAGUGAUAUCUAAGAUUUUGGCAAACAGACUUAAGAGGGCGUUGGAUUCCAUAAUUUCUGAGUCUCAGUCUGCUUUUAUUAGUGGGAGAUACAUAUUGGAUGGUCCGCUUAUUGUCAAUGAAGUUCAAAACUGGAUAAAAAGAGUUAAGAAGAAGGCGUUUAUUCUCAAGAUUGAUUUUGAAAAGGCAUACGACAACAUAAAUUGGAACUUCGUGUUGGAUAUUCUCGCUCAAAUGGGUUUUUCUGAUAAGUGGUGUUUGUGGAUUAAAGGGGUGAUCACUUCGGCCAGGGCUUCGAUUUUGGUGAACGGUGCCCCGACUUCCGAGUUCAAGUGUCAUAAAGGAAUGCGCCAAGGGGAUCCUAUUUCCCCUUUCCUGUUCUUCAUUGUUAUGGAAGCCCUGUCGUGUAUGAUUAGCAAGGCUUGCAGUUUGGGCAUUGUUAAAGGUGUCUCUCUUCCUAACAGUGGCCCAGUCGUUUCUCAUUUACUAUCUACUGACGAUGCUAUCAUCCUUGGGGAGUGGAGUAAGGAUAAUAUCCUCAACGCCGUGAGAAUUUUGAGAUGUUUUUAUGCGUGCUCGGGGCUUCAAAUAAAUUUUACCAAAUCGAACCUUUUCGGGAUAGGGUUGCAGUUAGGGGAGGUCGAAGAUAUGGCUGUGUUAGUUGGGUGUAAAGCUGAGUCUCUUCCAUUCAAGUAUCUCGGUUAG